AUUUUAGUUGGCCAGGUCAUGGCUUGCUGGAAGGAAAUACGAAGCAGCAGCUGGAUUUAUCCUACCCUGGUCCUCUGCAUUUAUGGAUUUUUCUCCAUGAUGAGGCCAUCAGAACCUUUCCUCACCCCUUAUCUAACAGGACCAGAUAAAAACCUGACCAUUGAUGAGGUUACAAACCAGGUUUUCCCAGUUUGGACAUACUCGUAUCUGGUGUUACUGUUUCCUGUUUUCUUGAUUACGGACUAUCUACGCUAUAAGCCCAUCAUUAUUCUACAAGGCCUUAGCUUCAUUAUUACAUGGCUGAUGCUUUUAUUCCAAGGAGUGCUAGCCAUGCAGUGGAUGGAGUUUUUUUAUGGGAUGGUAACGGCCACUGAAGUUGCCUAUUACGCCUACAUUUACAGCGUUGUCAGUGCUGACCAUUAUCAGAAAGUGACUAGUUAUUGCAGAAGCAUCACACUUGUUGCAACCACAGUUGCAGCGGUGUUGGGGCAACUUUUAGUAUCUUUGGCAGAGCUAUCCUAUUUUUAUCUAAAUGCCAUUAGUUUGGCUUCUCUGUCCUUGGCCUUCCUAGCCUCAUUUUUUCUACCAAUGCCAAAAAAAAGUAUGUUCUUUCACAAAAAUCGUAUCCCUGAAACUCCGCAAGGAACAAUGGGGCAAGACACAACGUCAAAUGCACCCAGCAUGAACGAGCAGCCAAGUUGCCAAGAGGACAAAGAUGCCGCGAAAUCAUCUGUCAUUACCAGGACGUUGCCUGAAUGCCAGUCUGACAAGCACCAGUGUCACAUGCUUGUGCAGUUAUGCAAGGAUUUAAAGGAAUGCUAUUGCACAAAGAAACUUCUUUACUGGUCCUUAUGGUGGGCUUUAGCCACUGCAGGCUAUAACCAGAUUGUGAAUUACGUCCAGGUGUUAUGGGACGACAGAGCACCCGCUCAGAAUUAUGACGUUUAUAAUGGGGCUGUUGAGGCAGCAGCAACAUUUCUGAGUUCAGUAACCGCCAUGGCAGUAGGAUAUGUGAAAAUUAACUGGGAUCUUUCAGGAGAGCUAGCACUGGGAAUCUUCUCUGCACUGGAUGCUGGUUCUCUAUUUCUCAUGCAUUUUACUGCCAACAUCUGGGCAUGCUAUGCUAGCUAUCUAGUUUUCAAGUCAUGUUAUAUGCUUCUCAUAACAAUAGCAACGUUUCAGAUCGCUGUCAAUCUAACCAUGGAACGCUACGCUUUAAUGUUUGGAUUCAACAACUUUGUUGCACUGGUGAUUCAGACUAUUAUAACUGUAGUCGUAGUUGAUUCAAGAGGUCUGGGAUUGAAGAUAGUCACCCAGUUCCUAAUUUAUGGCAGUUACUUUGCAGUCAUAGCUGGGAUUUUCUUGAUCAGAAGCAUUUACACAAUUGUCUCAAUCCAAUGCAAAAAGGAAACACAGAACUUCUCCAACGGAUCUCAGAACAUUAAGGAACAAGAAUCAGAAACCAGAUUAUAACCAGCUAUGCAAACAUCUGUAACUUUAAUGACUUAUCAAAAAUGCCUCUGCUUGCAAAACUCUCACUGAAGUCAAUGAGAGAUUGCAGUAAGGGGAGCAGCACUUAGUCCUUCAUGUACGCCCCUGCUAAAUCACAAACUUACUCCAACCGAAAGAAUUGCCUGAUAUGAUUGAACACCAGAUCUUCAGCUGGUGUAAAUCAAUAUUGUGCCGCUGAUCUGAACUGAUCUAAACUAACUUAUACCCUUCUGAGGAACUGGCCCAUCAUACUGACAUUUUGCCAAAAAAGGAAAGAAUCUGGUUUGAUUGGAUUCUGAUUUAUUUACACAACAGCAUAACAAUCUCAAUCUAUUGUUAUGCCAAAAAUACCACUGUUCUUUUUCCCUCUCUUACUCAGGCUUUUGAAAAAGUUGUAAAUGGGCUGCUUUCCAUUCGGCAAUUCAGCUUUGCUACUCCAAGUGGGAUGAGGGUUUUGCUCAUACCUUCAUUCAGGGUAGAUACCUGCAGCCUCCUACCUAGGUAUACCCCAUCCUAUGAUGGUAGAAGAAUUACUGACUCUACACCCCUAUAACAUUCCUUCUUAGUUUUGUAUCUGUAAGGCUGUUUCCUCCCCUCCACCUUUAAGAUCACUCUUGAAAACUGGACCUUUCACUCAUGAUGGUUGGAGAAGCCAGGUUCCCCAGAACAACUAUGGUGGUUAAAUGUAAAAACAGUCAAGUCAUCAUUACUUGCAUUUGAAAGAUGUUGCUUGAACUUCAUGGGGAAUCCAUGGCAAACUUGGGCUGGAAGAAGAGGAAGAAAAUUUAAGAAUCCCACGCAUUUGCUUGUGUCUAGAUACAGAGUUAAUUUAAAUUAAGGGCGUGUGUUUCACCAUAUCUCUAAAUUCAAUGAGAUUGUCCAGUAUGCAGUACGACCAAGAUAGGUGAAGUGUGGGGAAAUUUGGUUUGGUGCAAUACAGGAAAAUGCCAAACUAAUGGGUGAGGCAGGAAGAUGCAUCAAAUAAAAACAAACAACACUGCAGGUAUAUUCUUUAAGUGCCAAAUCACGAGGGCCACUGAUCUCAGAUGAGGAUUUUCCUGAGUAAGGCCCUCAGAAUUUAUAAAAGGCUUGAAGCCCUACAAUUCAGCUGAGCAGUGAGAGCAAGUCACAUCCUGAAUGACACAAGAGAUUCGGAAAGCACAGAUCCACCUUGUGGAUGGCCUGCCUCAUGUAAGUUAUAUCAAUUUUUUUCCCCCGAAACAAAGUUUUGUUGCAGUUUCUAACUUCUCAAAGCCAGACUGUAAUAAUAAAAGAAAAUUAUCAAUACCUUAAAUUCACAGAAUAGUGCUUCACUCAAAGCAACUGUACAGAUAUUACUUACCUAUUUCUCCCAAUGGCCACGUGAAGCACAUGGUUAAGUAUCCUCUCUCUCCCCAAAUGUUGGAAUAGACAAAGAUGAAGGUAAAAAAAGUGGACAAAUUGGAAGAGGUCCAGAGGAGAGCAACAAAAAUAAGAAAUGGUCUAGAAAACAUGACCUGAAAGGAAAGAUUGAAAAUAUUGGGUUUUUUUAGACUGGAGAGGAGAAGACUGAGG